GCGUCUGUUUGUUGGCAGAGAAAAGGAGAGUUUUUUUAAAUUAAAUAGGCAAACCGAGAAAGACAGCCUUGUUAACGUUUUUACUCUCUCUCUCUCUCUCUCUCUCUCUCCUGGUCUUCAUUUUUCCGAUUUUCGUUCAAUUAUCUGAUCGAUCCAGGUUAACUUUUCUUGCAGGAAACUAGAGAAGAAGAUGGAGUCUCAUGAUGAGACAGGAUGCCAAGCUCCUGAACGCCCCAUUCUUUGCAUUAAUAACUGUGGUUUCUUUGGAAGGGCUGCGACAAUGAAUAUGUGUUCCAAAUGCUACAAGGACGUGUUCCUGAAGCAGGAGCAAGCCAACCUUGCGGCAUCAUCAAUAGGAAGUAUAGUGAAUGGCAGCUCUAGCAGUAAUGAAAAAGAGCCUGUCAUUAUGGAUGCGGUGAAUGUACAAUCUAAACCAGUGGAGAGACAGAUCUUUUCAAUAGAAACGUCGACUGAUUCAUCCUCAAGCAACUCCCCUCAGAUGCCUAUGAAAGAGGGCCCAAGUAGAUGUGUGACUUGUCGAAAGCGUGUUGGUUUAACCGGCUUUAAUUGCAAGUGUGGAAACCUGUUUUGUGCAAUUCAUCGCUAUUCUGAUAAGCAUGACUGUCCCUUUGAUUAUAGGUCAAAUGCCCGGGAUGCUAUUGCAAAAGCCAACCCUGUUGUGAAGGCAGAAAAGCUUGAUAAAAUUUAGGACCAAUAGUUUGAACUUUGAAGUGAAGAUUUAUGUCCUGAAGUGCGAUGCUUCUUUCUCUAUCUGUCUCUAUAUAAGUUGGCUGCUUGUCUUGUACGCGUCCUCCACAGAGAAAAAUGGUUCAAGUCAUGAUAGUGAGGACAUCUGUAGAAGUCUACUCCUUGUUUAUUGGUGAGGGCACCAUUCUUGGCUCCAGUGUGAAAGUCUUUAUUUGUGCUGGUUUGAUAGACAUAUUUGGGGUUAACCUGUAAUGUGAAAUCUCGGUUGGCUGCGUUUCUUUCCAGAA